AUGGUCCCCAUGCGCCGGCGACUGCCAAGAAGUGCAGCCCUGGCCCCUGUGGCACUUCUGUUGCUUUCCUGUGGCCUUUGUUUCCUCCCAUCCCCGCAGAGACGACCACGCCGCCCGAACUUCGCCAGCACCAGCGCUGCAGCGGCGGUCAGUUUCUUGUCCCUUCCUGCUUUUGCGGAGGAGGAGAUGGAUUCUGCCACCAUGGCCCUGAAGGAUGCAACAGAGGAGACCUUUGACUUAAAACGACCCAACAAGAUCGACCUCGGUGAGUAUCGAGGGGACGGUCCUUGGUACGUCUUCGCCGUGGUGGGUCUGCUCUUUUUUGCCUUCACAGCAGUGCAGGCCUGGAAUGACCAAUUUGGCCUUAGUGAUGAAGUGGCGACGACGUCCGAUGACUACUUCAAUCCCGACUUUGAUCCAUACAAAGGCAUGAACCUGAAGAAAGACGCAAAGACGGGCAAGCCGGUGCGCUGA